AUGGGCGAACCCUUCGACGUGAUCCCGUUUGAGGAUAUCGCGGGUGAUUGGACGAAGCUGGGCUCUGGCUCGUUCGGAAAUGUUUACAAGGGACAAUACUUGGGAAUUGAUGUCGCGAUCAAGGAAAUCCUGCCGAGCAACGACUACGACGUCGGCAAAUACUUCGAGCGCGAGUGGCGCCUGCUCAAGGAAUCCCGCCACCCGAACGUGGUUCUCUACCUCGGCCUCUCCCGCGCGCCCGAUCCGGACGGCCGAGUAUUCAUCAUCUCGGAGUUCAUUGAGGCUGGAAACGUUAGGCAAUAUAUCUGGGACAAGUCCAAGCCGUUCCCGUGGCGGCUGAGGGUCAGCUUCGCGACCGACAUCGCCCGCGCGCUCGCGUACUUGCACGCUCGCCGAUGCAUUCACCGCGAUCUCAAGGGAGAGAACCUACUUGUGACCUCCAACGGCCGCUUGAAGAUCACCGACUUUGGCUUUGCCCGCAUCGCCGCCCGCUCUGCAGAGGAAUCCCGCCGACUGACGUUCUGCGGUACCGAUGCGUACAUGAGUCCGGAGAUCCUCCGAGGCGACGAGUUCGACCUCCCGACGGACGUGUAUAGCAUGGGCGUCAUCUUGGCCGAGAUCGCGGCGCGUAAACUGGCGGAUGAUCGCACAUUCAAGCGUGCAGCGCCAGGAUGGAAUAUCGACGAGCAGGAGAUCCGCGAGCUCGCUAGCCCAGGAUGUCCCGACGGCUUCGUCCAGCUUGCCAUCGAUUGCCUUGCAGACAACCCGUCAGCGCGCCCGACGACGCGUCAGAUUCUUGAGCGCUUACGCGCUGUUGAGGUGGAGAUCCUCAGCCGUCCUCGUGAUGGCGAGGAUAUCCAUACUGGCAGCAUAAAGUUCCUGACUGGCGCAAAACGACCCGGUGCUGGCCCGCGGAUACCCAGCUUUGGUAUGGGCGUUGCGAAGGACAUUCGUGGUGGCCCGGAUAGUGAUAGCGAGGAGGAAGAGCUCAGGCAAGCCGUUUUGGGUCUGCAAAGCGUCAGCAUCGGUAGUGGCGACUCACAAGAACCACUCAUUCGCGACGAAUCACUCAGCACCGCAUCUGGCUUCUCGGACUACAGCACAACCGUCAUCCGCUCACGCGACGCGCCACCCGCGCUCUCCAGCAUCCUCACUGUCCGCGCAUCCCCAAAUCCUGCAUCCCCUCCAGCCAGCAUCGACGCAAACGGGACAUCGUCGUCGAUAUACUCCAACGCCGAGAACGGUCACACGGGCGAGCCGAGCGCGGCGGCCAAUACGGCCAGUAUGGUCACGAUCGACAGUUUCUAUACCGCUGGGGCACAGAGCGGCAUGAGCAUUGCGGCAGCGACGGAGGGUGGGAGCGAGCUCACGGCGAGAGACGGACAGGCGAAGGCGGAGGAAGUUGUACAGACUGUGCAUCGGUUCACGCUUGUAAAGGCGGGCGCGAAGAGGACCUCGAGUCCAAGUGCCAGUGAGGGAUGGGGCCCGCUGGAGUUCUUCCGCUCAGGCUUGUUGGGGAGUACGGCGAAGGCGAAGGCGCAGCAGGCGGCUGAGUGCGAUGUAUGUGGGAAGAGGCUGGGCAAGAAAGCCGUGCUGGAGUGUGACGAUUGUGGAAUGAAAUCACAUCUCAAAUGCGGCGAUGCUGCUCCGCUCGAUUGCGGCUAUCGCGCGCUCGCAAAUGGUCAUACACAUCACGCCCCGACACCACCCACCGCUGCACCGAGCUCUCCACCUGCCGGCAAGAAAGGUGGCCGCAAAUAA